AUGGUGAAAUCCUUUUCUGAAAAGUUCACCAUGGCCAUCUAUCUCGCGACCCACGCCUUUAUUGCCACCAGCCUUGCUUCGCAAACUGUUCUUCCUCCCCUCGAAGAUAGCUAUGGGUUCACGCCUACUGGAUCGCUCAAUAUGCUCACAGAGGCAACAUUCACCACCCUCCACCAUCCUGCCUUUCCAAGCCACCGAGUGCGGGUCAAAAAGAGUGAUUUUUGCGAUGGAGGCGUUGCCUCGUACACGGGCUAUAUCGACAUCGAGGCCCGCCACCUGUUCUUCUACUUCUUCGAAAGCCGAAACAAUCCAGACACCGACGACAUGAUAUUUUGGACCAAUGGAGGUCCUGCAUGUUCCUCGUCUAUGGGACUUUUCAUGGAGCUCGGUCCCUGCCGGGUCUACAAUGCGGAAAAUGGCACUGUCUAUCACCCCGAAUCGUGGAACUCGAAUGCCAACAUCUUCUUCGUGGACCAGCCUAUCGGUGCUGGUUUUUCUUACGCAGAUUACGGCGAGUCUGUGAGCACCACAGAAGAGGCGGCAAAAGAUGUGGCUGCUUUCAUUGCUAUCUUCUUCGCCCAUUUCAGCAAAUUUCAAGGUAGAGGACUUCACCUUGCUGGGGAGUCGUAUGCCGGCCGUCUUUUGCCUGUCUUCGCUGCCGCUAUCUACGAUCAGAACCAGUAUAUCGUUCAAGCAGGAAUUGCGCCAAUCAACCUCACUUCCCUGAUGAUUGGCAAUGGGAUGACCGAAGCGCCACCGAUUGUAAAAGGGUGGUAUGAGAUGCAAUGUAGCUCAGCUUCUAUACCACCCGUUCAGACCAUUCAGACGUGUGUUACAAUGAAGAGAAAGCUCCCGCGCUGCAUGAGAUGGCUGAAGGAAUCAUGUCAAGAUGUUUUCGACUCGAUCAACUGCUCUGCCGCCAUGGGUUUCUGUAUGGACGCCUUCAUUGCCCCAUAUGUUGCGUUGGGACGCAACCAAUACGACAUUUCGCAGACCUGUGCUGAUUCUAACGGGUUGUGCUACUCUAUCACGGACGAGAUCGUCAAAUACCUCAAUCGUCCCGACAUCCAAAAGGCCCUUGGUGUUGAUCCUUCUCAGAGUCACUUUGAUUCUUGUGCUUGGGAUGUCAUCGCUGCAUUUGGUGGGCUUCAGGGCGACGUCAUGCACGGCUCAACCGCAUAUAUCUCCAACCUUCUCGAAAGAGGCAUCCGUGUUUUGGUCUAUGCUGGAAAUUACGACUUUGCGUGCAAUUGGAUCGGCAACGAGUAUUCGACAACUACGUUGGAAUGGAUAGGGCAGAAAGAGUUCGUAGCCCAGCCGCUGAGAGAGUGGUUGGUAGCCGGGAAACGGGCAGGACUGAUGAGGGCUGCUGGGCCGCUUACUUUCGCAACAAUCGAUGGUGCUGGCCAUAUGGCCCCGUAUGACAAACCGAAGGAGUCAUUGGAGAUGGUUCGCCGUUGGUUGGCAGGCCAGGAACUCUGA